AAAGAAAACAAUCUGACAUUAGAUUUAUCUGUCCAAAGAGCAAAAACCAAAAAAGGUAAAAAGAUAGAAGAUAAACGAAUCAAAAGAAGCAAAAACAUUGAGGCUCAAAUUAGGGCAUAAUCGGAAGAAGAAGCAGCCAUGGGGAGAAGAAAAGUAGAGAUCAAACUAAUUGAGAACAAAAGUAGUAGACAAGACACUUUCUCUAAACGACGCACUGGUCUCAUCGAGAAAGCUCGACAGCUUUCAGUUCUCUGUGAAUCAUCCGUCGCUGUUCCGGCUCUGGAAAACUCUACAACUCCUCUUCCGGUGACAAAUACAGUGUACAGUAUUGUAAUGCACUUCAGGAGAAUUGCUGAGAGAUUAAUCGGGGUUAAUGGUGACACUGAUCAAGAAUCUUUGGCUUAAAAUGGAGCUCUUUUGUUCAAUUAUUCAUCUGAA